AUGGAAGGACAGAGACCUCAGGCUCUGAAGCACUGUGGCAGGGUUCACAUUCCUGAGUUCGUCCACACUCAAGACCUUCAGCAGCCCAGAGUGAUGCACUGCAGGGGGGGCCCCAUCUCUGCACUGCUCUCUGGCCCUGGAGCCCAUGACGGUCUGGAGCUCAGAGCGGUGUCUGGCUUGUACUACGUGGCCCAGCAGAGCUCUGGUCCCGGUCCCACUCCCCCUCGUCCCGCGCUCAGGCCGCGCUCUGGGCACGCGCAGCUCCACGCAGCCUCACGCGCAGCUCCACGCAGCCUGCUGCACUGUUUGUAG